AUGGAUGUCUUCUUCGAGACUCAGAGAGGCACACGAUUCUCCAUUGAAGUGGGUUUCUUUGAUACUGUCUUAGAGAUCAAAGAAAAGGUUGAAAAAUAUCAAGGAAUACCAAUUCACAAGCAAACCCUAGUUUUCAAUGGCCAAGUUCUUCAGGAUGAUCGUGAUGUAGAAUACUGUGAAAUUCUCCAAAACUCUCGCAUCCAGCUCCUUAUAGCUUCUGAUAAUAAUCAUAAGCAUCAAAUCAAGAUUGAAGAAUCAUCAACUUCCGACAAAAUUCAACUCAUCCUCAGGAUAUCAUCCUCCAAAAUGCUUGUCCCUAUAGAAAUGAAUGUUGAUGAUACCAUCUUACAUUUAAAAGAAAAGAUACAUGAAAUGGAUUCUAUUCCAAUCCAAAGGCUAAUACUCCAAUCCAACGGUGGAGAAUUGCUGGAUACUCGUUCUUUAAGCGAGUGUGAGCUGAGGGAUAAUAGUGAAAUUAAUGUGAACAUAAGGCCAUCAACUGGAGCCACCACCACUGGAACCAAGAAGCUAAAGCUGAUGGUGCUACCCAAGUGCGGUGCUAAGAAGAUACCGGUGGAAUUGAAUGCAUCAGACAAAGUUGGGGAGCUGAGAAAAGAGCUGGAAAAGCUGAAUCAAAUGCUGCAUUUUCAUCUGCCAUCAGAUUACUUUUUCAUAUACAAACAGAAUGUGAUGGACGACGAUAGGUCUUUCAGGUGGCACCAUGUUUGCCAAGGUGAUACAAUUGAGAUCUUCAAUGGAAGCAUUACUGGAGGAUCCUAAUUCUA